AUGACGUAUGUUUUGAAUGUGAAAGUAAAGUCUAACCAAAAACACAACACAACGCUUGAAAAGCAGUCAUUAUAUGAUACCGAACGGGACGGACGACAGUUUGCAGGCGGUUAUAGCCCAGGAUUUGGAGGAGAUUACGGUUUGACUGGUUUUGGAGGUCCUCUGGAAGCGAUAAUCAUAGGUCUGUGUGUUGUGGCGGGGUUUGGCAUAAUCGGCAUUCCCUUCAUUUUGCUGUUUCUGAGUUUCUUCAACGGCGGAGGUCUCGGAACCACUGGUGGUAUCGGAGGCUUGAAUUUAGUGCCGACGACCACAACCACUGUCGCCGGCCGUAAGCGACGAGAAAUCAAUUCACUUUUGCCUGAAGUGAAUCCAAUGCUUCAGCAAAAUAGAAGUUCCACUCCAUUCGGGUAUUCAUUCCCCCACUAUAUAAAAGCCGAUCACUUUUUUAGACACUAUUAUUCAAAAAAGUGGCUUUCGUUAGUCAAUUCAAUGGCCAAAACAAAUUUUGUGCCAAUUCUUGUCCUUUUCGUCAUUAUUUGUGCCAAUCAUUUAAUUCACGCCAACAUCAAAGAAGACGCCAACGAAUUCAUAAAUGGGAUUAUAUCUCGAAAGAUGGACGUCGAUAGACAGGGUUUUAUAGGGAGUUCUCUAUUUGGUGGACCUCUUGCUAUCGCCGCUUUCCUGCUCUCUCUUCCUGCUUUGCCGGCACUAUUAAUGGCACCGUUAGCUGUGGCCGGACUGCGACCAACAAUCGGCGCCGUCGGACAGUUCAUGAAUAGCAUUAACUCCGGGGCCGGGCUUUCGCAGGGAAUCGCAGCACUGCUCACACAACCCAAUGUAGACACAGAGACGGCCGCAUCUAAUUUGGCCACUUCUACAUCCAAUGCCGGUUCACUCAAUGGUCUGUUCACUUCAUUCCCUAAUUAUCAUACAAUAAGAUAA